CCGAAAUGUCAUUUGCGCUCAAAUCCAGCAUGUAUUUAUUUCAUUUAUUUGUAAACCUGAAAUAAAUUACGAACAAACAUCGUUUCAAUUUACCUUACAUGAUACUAUUCAUCAAAAAUCGCAACAAUAGAGAAACAUCUUGAAGAUGAAGGUGAAGGUGAUCAGCCGUAAUCCGGAUCACUAUUUGCGUGAGACUAAAAAGGACAUCCACAAGGUAUUCCGUAACUACGACGCUGCCCAGCAUCCAUUCGAGGGUGCCAGAGAAUAUGUGCGAGCAUUGAAUGCAACUAAGCUGGAACGAGUUUUCGCAAAACCAUUCGUAGGCAACUUGGAUGGACAUAAGGAUGGAAUUUCCGCUUUAGCUAAACAUCCCAAAAGUUUAUCUAUUUUACUGAGUGGUUCGUACGAUGGAGAGGUUAAGCUGUGGGAUGUUCCGAAUCGAGAAUGCAUGAAGAGUGUUUUGUGCCACACCGGAUACGUGAGAGGCAUCGCAUUCUCGAACGAUGGUUCCAGAUUUUUUACGAUUGGUGAUGAUAAAGCUAUUAAAACCUGGGAUUCGGAUUUGAUUGAUAGCGACGAAGACCAGCCGGAGCCCUUGAACACAAUUCUGGGCAGAACGGUCAUCACUUCGAUUUCCCACAAUUAUGAAGAGUCUUUCUUUGCCACAUGUGGGGAAAUCUGCCAGAUCUGGGAUGAAACUCGCAAUUCACCUAUCAAAAAACUACAAUGGGGCGUUGAUACUUUGUACGACAUAAAAUAUAAUCCGGUCGAGACUUCGAUGCUGGCAGCGUGUUGCAGCGAUCGUGGUAUAAUAUUCUACGAUCAGCGUGAAGUGAAACCCUUGAGGAAAAUUGUGAUGACUUUAAGACCUAAUCAGCUAGCAUGGAAUCCGAUGCAAGCUUUCUAUUUCACGGUAGCAAGUGAAGAUUAUAAUCUAUACACUUUCGACACUCGGCGGUUGCAGAAUCCACUGAAAAUUCACGGUGGUCAUGUAUCUGCUGUUACCUGCGUUGACUAUGCGCCAACGGGUCGCGAGUUCGUUGCCGGAAGCUACGACAAGACGGUACGAAUUUUCGAUUCCCACAAAGCGAACAGUCGUGAAGUCUACCACACGAAAAGAAUGCAGCACGUGACCUGCGUCGGGUGGUCGUUGGACAACAAGUACAUUUACUCCGGUUCCGACGAGAUGAACAUUCGUCUCUGGAAGGCACGAGCAGCGGAGAAACUCGGUGCUCUGCAGCCACGCGAAAAGCAAGCAUUCAAAUAUAACGAUGCACUGAAAGAGAAGUUUGCUGCUCAUCCACAGAUUCGGCGAAUUGCUCAACAUCGACACGUACCGAAAAUGGUUUACAAGGAGCGUCUGAAGCUACAACUGGUGAAACAGAAAAUUAAGCGAAAGGAGGAAAAUGUACGACAGAACUCGAAGCCUGGGAAGGUACCUUACGUUCCAGAAGCAAAGAAAAAGGUGUUGCGCGAAGAAAAAUGAUCGUUUUUGUUUCGUUUUUUGAAGAAUAAAACCACCAUUGCACAAACUAA